AUGUUAUUACUUGGUAUUUGUAAUUUUAACAAUAAAUAUUGUGGUUGUCAAACUUAUAAGGAAGAUAAGAAUAAUCCAGAGAAAUGCUAUUAUUGCAAUCAUUAUAAUGCGUUUCAUACCGGUUUUUCGCCUCCGCCUCAAAAUAUUUCAACACCAUUAUUGGGAGCUUGUCAAAAAGAUGGAGUUUCAUGUGGAUGUCAAGCUUUUUCUGCUAAUCCUAAUAACGAAUUGAAAUGCAAAUAUUGUUAUCAUUAUACUGCAUUUCACAAGAAUACUGCUCCAAGUAGUGUUACUAGCUUGAUUAAUAUUGAAAAUAAUUUGCCCUCAUACUUGUUAUCAACAAGUAUUAAUAAUUCAGGAAAUUCGAAAUUUGGAGAUGAAACUAUUAGAAUUAUAUCUACGCCCAGUAUUAAAAAGAAGAAAAGAAAUCAGUUAAAAUUCAAUUCACCAAAUACUGUUGCUUCUAGAGGUCAUCCUGCUAACGUUUCACUUGGACUUAAUCACAUAUUAUUGUUUACACAAGGAAGUUGGAAAAAUAAUUCAGCUCCAAGAGAAAAUACUUCGACUUGGAUUGAAAUGAGGGAUAAUGGUUUCAUUAUAGAAAAUGUAUUAUUUAAUGAAAAUACUGCUGUAGCUAUUAAUGCAUUAAUUACUCGUUCAUUUCCAUCUGUUAAUGAAUAUAAUUGGAUUUUAUUAAACGGUUCUGCAACACUUACAUCAGAAGCAGAAGCGGAUAAAAAUCAAGAUGAAUAUAUUGAAAUUAAAAGCGAAAGCGCUGAUUGA